AUGGACAUCAACGCAUUUUUAUAUGGAGAUCUCCUUGAGACCAUGUACAUGGAACUUCCCAAAGGUUACACUUUAUCUGGUCCACUUCCACCAAAUCCAGUUUACAAACUUAACAAGAGUUUAUAUGGACUAAAGCAAGCUUCCAGACAAUGGUUCUCCAAACUCAGCUCCACUUUAAUCCAAGAUGGCUUUCAUCAAUCCCACUUCGACAAUUCUCUCUUCAUCAAAAAUAAUUCAAGUGUCAUCAUAGCCUUACUUGUUUAUGCUGAUGAUAUAGUGACUGCAAGCAAUGAUGAAUUUUCCAUUCAUUCUUUUAAAAUCAAACUUGAUUCUAGAUUCAAACUUAAGGACCUUGGUCCUCUUAGAUUUUUUCUUGGUUUAGAAAUUGGUAGAUCUCAAAAUGGCAUUUCAAUUUCACAACGACCUUUCACUCUUCAACUUUUGACUAACACGGGUUACCUUGGUGCAAAGGCUGUUUCUACUCCAAUGGAAGCUAACAAGAAACUAAGCAUGGAAGAUGGUGAUCUACUUAGUGACCCUACUUCCUAUAGAAUCCUUAUUGGUAAACUAAUCUAUCUAACGAUUACAAGACCAGACAUCUCACACUCUGUCAUCAAACUCAGUCAAUAUUUAUCUACUCCAUGCGUUCCUCAUCUCAACACUGCCAACCGAAUAUUACAAUACCUAAAAGACACUCGUGGACAAGGAUUAUUUUUGCAUUCACAAUCUGAUAUUCAUGUCAAAGCCUUUGCUGAUGCAGAUUGGGAUUCUUGUGUUGACACAAGGAAGUCCAUUUUCAAAUAUUGUGUUUUCCUUGGUCGAAAUCUUGUGUCAUGGAAGUCAAAAAAGCAACCUACUAUCUCACGCUCCUCAGCUGAAGCAGAAUACCAUGCUAUGGCCAAUGCCACAUGCGAAAUCACACGGAUUCUUGUUAUACUCAAAGACUUUGGCACCACACCUGAUAACAAUGCAGCUAUACAUAUUUCUGAGAACCAUGUGUUCCAGGAACACACCAAACAUGUAGAUAUUGAGUGUCACAUCCUCAGAGAAAAAGUACAAGAAUGUCUCUUCAAAAUGAUCCAUGUUACCUCUUCUAACAAUCUUGUUGAUGUCCUCACCUCUUCCCAACUUCUUUCACAGAGUUAA